UUAUUUUAUCCUAAAGUUUUUUCAUUCAAUUUGAACACAAGCACUCUUCUUCUCUCUCUCUCUCUCUCUCUCUCUCUCUCUCUCUCUCUCUCUCUCUCUUUCAUGGGGUAAAAAAAAUACCGAUGCAAUUACUCUUGUCAGAACCUUCAAGACACAAUCACAAUAACCAGCUUCUAUCUAUCUAUGUAUCUAUCUGUUGCUGUCAUUACUUUGUUUUGUUUUCUUCUGUUACAGCCUCUGCCGUCUUCCGCUGUAUGGAGAAGCUACUGCCGUGUGGUUUCGGAAAAACAAAAUUGGGGAUAAGGGGGGAGGUUUAAUUGGUCCCUGGAGGGUAGAAGAAAAUUUAGGUUUUGCUGUCACUGGUUAUGUGUCAGCUAUAAACUACCUUUGAGCUGAAAUCUGGGUGGAAUGGCGCGGGGGAGGAUCAGGGCAAGGCUCCGUAGGAGGAGCCAACUUUACACAUUUGGUUGCCUGAAGCCAACUACCACUGAAGAGUUGCCCUAUCCACUUCAAGGUCCUGGCUACUCGCGAACAGUUUUCUGCAACCAGCCUCAACUCCAUGAAAAGAAUUCCCUAUUUUAUUGCAAGAAUGAUAUAUCAACCACCAAGUACAAUGUCAUAACGUUUCUACCUAAGGCAUUGUUUGAACAGUUUCGAAGGGUUGCUAACAUAUACUUUCUUUUGGCUGCUUGCCUUUCGGCUUCUCCAAUUUCACCUUUCAGCCCACUGAGCAUGAUUGCUCCUCUGGCCUUUGUUGUGGGACUCAGUAUGGUGAAGGAGGCAUUGGAGGAUUCUCGCAGGUUCUUUCAGGAUGUCAAAGUUAAUCGACGGAAAGUUUGUCUCCAUAUAGGCAAUGGGACUUUUGGCCUAAGAUCGUGGCAGAAGAUUGUGGUUGGGGAUGUGGUCAAAGUAGAAAAAGAUCAAUUUUUUCCAGCCGACUUGCUUCUCUUGGCGUCAAGUUAUGAGGAUGGAAUAUGCUAUGUGGAGACAAUGAAUUUAGAUGGAGAGACCAACUUGAAGGUGAAGAGAUCUUUGGAGGCUACCUUGUUUCUGGAUAACGACGAGGCUUUUAAGGAUUUCUCUGCAACAAUAUUUUGUGAAGAUCCAAAUCCCAAUCUUUACACUUUUAUUGGGAACUUUGAGCAUGAAAAUCAGGUUUAUCCUCUUGAUCCUAGUCAAAUUCUCCUCAGAGAUUCGAAGCUUAGGAACACUGAUCAUGUUUAUGGAGUGGUCAUUUUCACUGGACAUGACAGCAAAGUCAUGCAGAAUUCUACAAAAUCCCCUUCAAAGAGAAGCACAAUAGAAAAGAAGAUGGACUAUAUCAUAUAUACACUUUUCACUGUCCUUAUAUUGAUAUCUUUUAUUAGUUCAAUAGGAUUUGUUGCAAAGACCAAAUACCAAGCCCCAACUUGGUGGUAUUUACGGCCUGACAAUAUUGAAUAUCAGUUUGAUCCUGGGAAAAUCGGAUUGGCUGGGAUGAGCCAUCUGAUUACUGCACUCAUUCUCUAUGGAUAUUUGAUUCCUAUCUCGCUCUAUGUUUCAAUUGAGGUUGUCAAGGUAUUACAGGCAACCUUCAUUGACCAAGACAUUCAAAUGUAUGAUGAUGAAACUGGAACUCCAGCUGAAGCACGGACAUCAAAUUUGAAUGAAGAGUUGGGUCAGGUAGAUACCAUCCUCUCUGAUAAAACUGGCACUUUAACUUGCAACCAGAUGGACUUUUUGAAGUGCUCCAUUGCCGGUACUGCAUAUGGUGUUCGUUCCAGUGAGGUUGAACUUGCUGCAGCAAAGCAGAUGGCUUCUGAUCUUGAGGAGCCGGACAUGGAUAUGUCUAAUUUUUCCAUUCCUAAGGAGAGUAAAGUGCCAUGGGAAAAUAUUACUGUAGAUGAAGAAUCUGAACUGGGGAUUGUUGCUAAUUCCAAGAAUGAUGAAGAUCAAGAUCAAAGGACUUCCAUAAAGGGAUUUGGUUUCGAAGAUGAUCGCCUUAUGAAUGGUAACUGGAUGAAAGAACCAAAUGCCAAUGUCCUUUUACUGUUUUUCCGGAUAUUAGCAAUUUGUCAUACGGCCAUCCCUGAACUAAAUGAGGAGACUGACAUUUGUACUUAUGAGGCCGAGUCACCUGAUGAAGGGGCUUUUCUAGUAGCAGCCAGAGAAUUUGGUUUUGAAUUUUAUAGGAGAACUCAAUCAAGUGUUGUCAUCCGCGAAAGAUUUUCUGCCUCAGGACAAUUGGUUCAAAGAGAAUAUAAAAUUUUGAAUCUGCUGGACUUUACUAGCAAAAGGAAGCGCAUGUCAGUGAUUGUGCGUGACGAGGAGGGAAACAUCAUUCUUUUUUGCAAAGGAGCUGACAGCAUCAUAUUUGAUCGACUGUCUAAGAAUGGAAAAAUGUAUUUGGACGCUACUACUAGACAUUUGAAUGAAUAUGGAGAAGCUGGCUUGAGAACACUAGCCUUGGCCUAUAGAGAGCUUGACGACCAAGAGUACUCUGAUUGGAAUAACAAGUUUCAGAAGGCCAAAACAGCUGUUGGAGCUGACAGAGAGGCAAUGCUUGAUCAGGUUUCAGAUGUUAUGGAAAGAGAGUUGAUACUUGUUGGCGCUACUGCUGUAGAGGAUAAACUACAGAAAGGGGUGCCUCAAUGCAUUGACAAACUUGCUCAAGCUGGUCUAAAGAUCUGGGUAUUGACUGGGGAUAAGAUGGAAACUGCAAUCAACAUUGGAUUUGCUUGUAGUUUACUUCGACAGGGCAUGAGGCAAAUCUGUAUCACAAUGAAUUCAGAAACCAAUGAUUCGAAAGAGGUCAUCAAAGGUAACAUCUUGAAUCAAAUCACCAAUGCCUCGCAAAUGAUAAAGCUAGAAAAGGAUCCACAUGCUGCAUUUGCAUUAAUUAUUGAUGGGAAAACUCUAACGUAUGCUUUAGAAGAUGAUGUCAAACUCCAAUUUUUGGGACUGGCUGUCGGCUGUGCGUCUGUUAUUUGUUGUCGUGUGUCUCCAAAGCAAAAAGCACUAGUUACAAGGCUAGUGAAAGAAGGAACUGGGAAGACCACUUUGGCCAUUGGUGAUGGUGCAAAUGAUGUUGGCAUGAUUCAAGAAGCUGACAUUGGUGUUGGAAUCAGUGGGGUUGAAGGUAUGCAGGCAGUAAUGGCUAGUGACUUUUCUAUUGCCCAAUUCCGGUUUUUGGAGCGGCUUCUGGUAGUCCAUGGACACUGGUGUUACAAGAGAAUUGCACAAAUGAUAUGCUAUUUCUUCUACAAAAAUAUAGCAUUUGGCCUCACCAUUUUCUAUUUUGAGGCCUUUACGGGCUUCUCUGGACAAUCGGUUUAUGAUGACUGGUACAUGAUAUUGUUCAAUGUUGUUCUUACAUCAUUGCCUGUCAUUUCUCUUGGAGUUUUUGAACAAGAUGUUCCAUCAGAAGUUUGCUUACAGUUUCCUGCACUGUAUCAGCAAGGACCCAAAAACUUGUUCUUUGACUGGUAUAGAAUCUUGGGAUGGAUGGGGAAUGGUCUUUAUUCCUCCCUCGUCAUCUUCUUCCUUGUCAUUAUCAUCUUCUAUGACCAAGCAUUCCGUGCCAAUGGCCAGGUCGCAGACAUGGCUGCUGUUGGUACCACAAUGUUCACUUGCAUCAUCUGGACUGUGAAUUGCCAGAUUGCACUGACAAUGAGCCAUUUCACAUGGAUCCAACACCUCUUUGUCUGGGGCAGCAUAACCACUUGGUACCUCUUUCUCUUGUUAUAUGGCAUGCUUCCACCAAAAUAUUGCAAAUCUGCCUACAAAAUAUUGGUGGAGGUUCUUGCUCCUGCUCCUAUUUAUUGGACAACAACCCUAUUAGUAACAAUCACAUGCGUUCUUCCUUAUCUCGCCCACAUAUCCUUGCAAAGAUGUUCUCAUCCCAUGGAUCAUCACAUUAUCCAAGAAAUCAAGUACUACAAGAAGGACAUUGAAGAUCAACACAUGUGGACGAGGGAGCGGUCUAAAGCAAGGCAAGAAACGAAGAUUGGAUUCACGGCAAGAGUGGAAGCAAAGAUUAGGUAUUUUAGAAGUAAAUUGCAGAAGAAGCAGCAGCAGUCUUCAGUGGGCUCUUCAGUGGGCUCUUUGUCUCCAUUAUGACAAUUACAAACACAGUUUAUUAGUUUUCACACCUUUUAGGAGUUGCAUUUUUUAAUUUUUUUAGCUCUAGUCUCAUUUAAAUUCUUUUCGUGCUUAUGUGUAUGGGUGAAUUAAAGCCCCUUGCAUUAAGAAAAAAAAAAGUGAGCUGUUGUAUGUAACAUAUUUAAGUAGAAGAGCUCACCAAGCUAGUAAGUUCUGAAUGAUCAAAGUGUAUUUCUUGCGUAGCAGAUGGUUAUAUAUAAUUCAAAUGAUGUUGCCAAGUUGUGCUAAACAGUUUUACGGUAUA